AUGGGCUCAAAGGACAGCAUAGAACAGGGUAAGGAGUCCGCGGGAUUUCGAAAGUACAUUCCAGACCUUAACACUCUGCGUUUUCAAACCGCAAAGGUUCAGGAUUGUUACGAAUACGCGGAGAACUUCCAGAAGUCGCACAACCCACCUUGGCUUUACGAUCUGACCCAGACAUGGCAGGAGCUGUUACGAGAACCAUAUAAGGGACUGACAACGGAUGGAAAUGUCAUCCCGAAUUUGUUCCAGCCACAAGAUGAAGGCGUGCCAAUUGAGUCUAUCGUAACAGCAGUAGACAAAGUCUUCGAUCAGAUCAACCCAGAGCAGAAAGAGAAGGUUUCAUUUCCUCUAAACGCCAAAGAAUGGCGAGCAUGGUCAAACCCAGAGAUACUCCUACGACCACUUGGGCUCCGGCUCGAGGAGGUAGAUGCCAAAGCCGCGGCUUCUGUCCUCGAUGUCCUCAAGGCGACCUUUUCCAAAGAGGGGUAUGAAAAGGCUCUUGCAGCUAUGCGCAUUAACCAGUAUCUUGGGCAAAUAUGCGAACUUCCCAAGAUCAUGAACGAACUCUCCUACAACUUCCUCGUCUUUGGCACCCCGUCCAAAGAUAAGCCAUGGGGCUGGUCCCUAUACGGACAUCACCUCUGUCUGAACGUCUUCCUCCAUGGCCGCCAAAUCGUCAUCUCCCCAACCUUCACCGGCGCCGAGCCAAAUCUAAUAGAUGCCGGCCCAUUCGCAGGAACAGAGAUCCUUCAUGACGAGGGAAACCUCGGCCUUGAGCUCAUGCAGAGCCUCCCCGGCCCGUCCCAGGAGAAAGCACAGAUCUUCAAACUCCUCCGGGACCCCGCAAUGCUCCAAUCAGGCGACUUGGCGAAAGAUCGCUGGAACCCAGACGACCAGCGCCACGUCUGCGGCGCGUUCCGCGACAACCGCAUUGUGCCUCUCGAAGGAGUAUCUGCGGCUACCUUCACGGCCAAGCAGAAGCAGCUAAUCCUCGACAUCGCCUAUCACUUUGUGCUAUAUUUACCUGAUGCGGCACGGAAAAUCCGGUUGGAGCAAGUUGCCGACCAUCUCAACGAGACGUAUUUUUGCUGGAUUGGCAGGUGGGGCAACGACGAUGCAUUCUAUUACCGCAUCCAGAGCUCGGUUAUCAUUAUGGAGUUCGACCAUCACUCGGGCGUCUUCUUAUCAAAUACCGAGCCCGAGAAAUUUCAUGUUCACACAAUUUUGCGCACGCCGAACGCGGGCGAUUAUGGGGCUGGAUUGAGGUCGGCAGAGGAUAUGGUAGAAUAA